GAUCCGGACUGCGCAGUCGUCACGCGUCGGAGAAGUAACUCCUUAAUGGGAACCCAAAACUCAUAGUCAUUGACUUCGACUUCCGGCAAAAACAAAAACUCGCCUUCCUCAAUUUCCUUUCACGCGUUGGAUUCGAUGGCGGACUACACAGUCCACGAAUCCAACGACCCAGAAAAACAGGGGAAGCCAGAAUUUAUUCUUCCCGUUGAAGACGACGAAGAGAUGCGGAAGCUGCUGGUUCCCGACCCGGGAAAUCCUCGCCGCCAGUCCUCCUUCCGCCGUCGAAACCAACUUCGCCUCCUAUUUCGCUCCAGAUUUUGUGAAGCCAGGGCACGACCAGUACGUUUACAGACAUGCCAAUGGGCUGUGUGUGAUUGGUUUGGCUCCUGGCCAUUUGGUGUUUAAGGACGAAGGAGGGAUCACCGCCGUCGAUUUCAACGCAAGUCGGAUCGUAGCGGUAUGAAGGUCACUGGGAAACGCAAAGAGGUUACAACUUUAACUCUUUGAGUAGAAGGAAUGAUACUUCAUUCUGUAUAGAGCUCUUUCUGGAGUGAGUUAAUUGAAAGUUGUUUUCUUUUUGGCCGAAUGCCCAGCAUUUUGAGUCCAAUACAGCAAUGUGUAAAGUUAGCACAAAAGGGGAUUCCUACAUUGUGAUGUUAGAACUGGUUUUGUUUCAUCAAAAUUAUGGAAGAUUUUAAGUUCUAUGUUGGGUAAUGCUUAUUAUGAUCAGGUGUUGUGUGAAAGGUUCAUGGUUGGACGUGAAUGAGAGGCUCAUCAAGCAGCCUGGUUUGGUCAAUACCUCGGUGAGAAAUCGCGAUUAUCUGUUCAUCACCGAAACUCAUCCAAGUGAUGUAGCCUUAUUGUUUGAGAUCUGCUGACUUUGUCUGCAAAUCUGCCCACAACUUGUUUGCUUCAAUUUCAAGUUGGUUUCGGUGCUUGAAUUUUGCAGGCGGAUAGAGAGGGAUAUGUUGCCAUCAUCAUGCCAAGGCCAGCAGACUGGUUAAAGGUCUAGGCUUCGUUGUUGAGUCGCGAAGAGUAUGCAAAGCUGAGAGAAAAAGGGUGCUGAACUGAUUGAUGGAAUCUCUCCAGAUUCGAUGAAAUAUCAAAGUCAAACCACUCGCAUUUGGGUUCAGCUUGCUGCUGUUAUUGCAGCUCAGGUUUGUUCUACAGGGUUUGGACCCUGGAAAAUGUGCAGACUCAAAUGCUGUUUCACCACUUGCUUUUCGGGGUCAAGUGGCUUCCAAGUAGCAAGAAGGAAGCUCACCACAUUGCUGUUGUGUUAGCCUGUAGCAAAUUGAAAUUUAUGUUAGGGAUUGAGUUUUGCGGAUUUCUUGAGAAGUUGAAAUGAAAUGAGGUAUG